AUGUCGGAGUAUACUCUGCCCAUAUCGGUGGACCCUGUGUCCCUGGUGACAACAGAAUGCAUCACCGUCACCUCGGCCAUGCGAAAACACGCCCGCUGGGCUCACUCCUCCGUUGCUGCCAUUUUGGGCGGCAGCGGCUCGACCAAAGGAAGCGACCGCGAUAUGACAGCCUCCCCCCUCCCGAGUUCGAGGAAUAGCAUCGCGAGCAAGAGCGAUAAGUCACAGGCAGCAGAUGGGGAUUAUGUGCUGGCCAAUCGAUGGGGGUUGAGGGGCAAGAAAGGGAAGAGCAUUCAAGACAAUCCAUUGAUAUCCGCCUUCACUCGGUUGCGAAGCGAUUUAAAGUCGUGCAGAGAUAUCCGAACCUUUGACGCUCCUGCACUGCUACAUCCUUUCUUACAGGUCAUUCGCUCUUCGUCUACGUCCGCGCCAAUCACCUCCCUCGCGCUGGUCGCAGUCACCAAGUUUCUCGCUUACGAUAUACUCAACCGUCACUCUCCCCGAAUCUCGGUGGCCAUGCAACUUCUAUCGGCCGCAAUUACACAUUGCCGCUUUGAGGCGAGCGAUACCGUUGCCGACGAGGUCGUCCUGUUGAGAAUACUGAAAUUAAUGGAAGGAAUGUUGUCACGACCGGAAGGCGAGCUUCUUGGAGAUGAGAGCGUCUGUGAGAUGAUGGAAACGGGAUUGAGCAUGUGCUGCCAGAACCGUCUAUCAGAAUUACUGCGUCGAUCGGCCGAAAUUUCCAUGAUCAAUAUGUGUCAGGUGAUAUUCGUGAGGUUAUCGGCAAUCGACAUUGAGGAAGUCGGUGACGAUGCGCAGAAUCAGCAACGGCAGACCGAGGACGAUACCGCCAAUCUGAAGAUGGACCCUUCUGUGGAUGGAGAUACAGUCAUACCCCAGCAUCCGUCAACAAUGGGAUCGGACACUAUACUGCCCGAGAAGGAAGAGAAGGAACGUGCAAGUAAUGACGACCCUAAUCUCACAGCGAACGGCGAUACGUCGGCAGCAUCGGCAACUGAAAAUGAGGAAUCGGAUGCGGCUGAAGUGCGACCAUAUGGCAUACUCUCAAUACGAGAAUUAUUCCGUGUCCUAAUCGACCUCUUAGAUCCCCAUAACCCACAGCAUACUGAUACCAUGCGGGUCAUGGCUCUACGAAUAAUCGACGUCGCACUCGAGGUCGCUGGUCCUUCCGUUUCCCGUCAUCCUACUCUUGCAGCACUUGCCGAAGAUGAUCUAUGCCGUCAUCUCUUUCAGCUAGUACGUUCAGAGAACAUGGCAAUUCUCAAUGCUUCACUCAGGGUGGCUGGAACGUUGCUCUCAACUUGCCGUUCAGUAUUGAAACUGCAACAAGAAUUAUAUUUGUCAUACCUUGUUGCCUGUCUUCAUCCUCGAGUCGAUAUUCCAAGGGAGCCUGGCAUCAACCCAUCGCUAUACGAGGGCGUUCCUCAGGCGCCAAAACUCGUCAAACCCUCCCCAUCACAAACUAGCAGCGGCCGCUCAACGCCCGUUCCAGUGAAGGACAGGCAAAAACUAGGAUUAGAGGGCGGUUCCAGGAAGCCCGAAGCUCGAGAGGCUAUGGUGGAAAGCAUUGGUGUCUUGGCUCGUAUGCCCGGAUUCAUGGUGGAGUUAUUUGUGAAUUACGACAGUGAGGUAGACCGGGCAGAUCUUUGUGAGGACCUAGUGGGAUUGCUUUCUCGAAACGCAUUUCCGGACUCAGCUACCUGGAGCACUACGAACGUGCCGCCUCUCUGCCUCGAUUCGCUUCUCGGCUAUAUACAAUUCAUCGCCGAUAGGCUUGAUGACGAACCUCAAUAUGAGGGUUAUCCAGACCCGGAGAAACUGAAAAGUCAACGUCAGAGGAAGAAAGUCAUCGUACGAGGCGCCACUAAGUUCAACGAAGACCCAAAAUCGGGGAUUGCGUAUCUUGCUUCCCAGGGUAUUAUUGAGAAUCCCGAGGAUCCUGAACUUGUCGCUCGCUUCUUGAAGGGUACCACCCGUAUCUCAAAGAAGAUUCUCGGAGAGUUCAUCGCUAAGAAGCAAAAUGAAAAAUUAUUAGCAGCCUUUAUAAAUUUGUUUGACUUUGCUGGCAAGACCGUCGUCGAGGCUUUACGUGAACUUCUAGGCUCGUUUCGACUACCGGGUGAAUCUCCAUUGAUCGAAAGGAUAGUGACAUUUUUCUCUGAGAUAUACAUGGCAAAGGCACAACCUGAGGGAAUUGCCGACAAAGAUGCUCUGUUUGUUUUAAUAUACGGCAUCAUUAUGCUCAACACAAACCUAUACAAUCCCAAUGUGAAGAAUGCAGACCGCAUGACUUGCGUGGAUUUUGCAAGGAACCUCAGGGGAGUCAACGGCGGCAAGGACUUUGAUCAAGAUGAAUUACAAAACAUCUAUGAUUCCAUAAAGCAGAACGAGAUUAUUCUUCCGGAUGAACAUGAGAACAAACAUGCAUUUGAUUUUGCCUGGCGAGAGAUGUUGAUGAAGACCCCAGCUGCCGGAGAGUUGAUAAUGUGUGACACCAACAUUUAUGACACUGAAAUGUUCGCCGCUACUUGGCGACCUAUCGUUGCCACUCUUUCGUACGUCUUCAUGUCCGCAUCUGAUGAUGCGGUGUUCUCGAGAGUGGUCCAAGGUUUCGACCAAUGCGCCCAAAUUGCAGCCAAAUACGGUCUUACAGAAGCUCUCGACCGGAUCAUUUACUGUCUUGCCUCAAUUAGCACACUGGCCACGGAAACCCCGCCGAGCACUACUCUCAAUACUGAGGUCCAGGUGGGCAAGAAAACAGUCAUGGUCAGCGAGCUGGCUGUCAAGUUUGGCCGAGAUUUUAGGGCUCAGUUGGCAACUGUGGUUCUCUUCCGAGUCUUGACUGGCAACGAGGCUACCGUUUCAGAAAGCUGGAAAUAUGUCAUUCGCAUUCUGCACAACCUAUUUAUCAAUGCGCUCAUUCCACCAUUCGCGGAUAACCUUAUCUCCAGUUUUGACAUUACGCCGAUCCCCCUCCAGCCUCCAUCACAAGUCGUCGAACGUGACUCUCGAGGGGAGACAGGUUUACUGUCAGCCUUCACUUCGUAUCUGUCAAGUUAUGCUGCAGAUGACCCGCCAGAACCGUCAGAUGAAGAGCUCGAUAAUACUCUUUGCACGAUCGACUGCAUAGACGCUUGCAGAAUCAACGAUAUGCUAAAUAACCUCAAAUCACUCCCUCAAUCUUCAUUGUCCAACCUUGUUGAUGCUCUGCUAUUGGAACUACCGGAAGAGAAUGCCUCCGCCGUUAUUGUGGUUAAGACCGAGCGCCCAUCGUCGGCAGGACCCCGACCUGCUAGUGUCAAGAGCGACUUGACAUCGCCUGGCUACAAUCCUGGCAUGCUGUAUACCUUAGAGUUGGCUACUGCUCUAGCUCUUCGGGAUGCAGAAACCAUAGAAUCCGUUGGCGAAAAUUUGGCCGGUUCUCUACAAGGCAUCGUCCGAGAUGCAAGGAAUGUUCAUCCCCUCAUAGUUUCACGAGUUUUAUACUAUCUGCUCAAUCUCCUCCGGCUUAGCUAUGAUCAACCAUUUAUGCGAGUGCCAGUAAUCUUACAUGCUAUUUCCAGUUUUGACCAAGAUAUUCUGGAGAUGUCAGCAACACCAGUGCUUAACAGUCUAUCACGAUGCAUUGCUGAAUCAGAAUUGUUGAGGAGGGAAAUAAUCAUAUCGCCUGAUUUUUGGUCCAUCUUACAACGUCUGCGCCCACAAAAUACAUCCGCUCCCAUUGUUUACGAGAUUCUCAAAGGCAUUAUUGAGAGUACCCCGCCGGCAAUUUCGUCUGAUAACUAUGAAGCAGCUGUUGCGCUUGCGAAUGACUUUGCAAGUGCUGGAAGUAUAGGAGCUGCUGAAGAGCGUAGGCGAGACGCCAAUGCUCGUCGGUCAAGAGGCGCUAAGCCUGAAAAGCCAACUGAAAACGAUACGGUACUAAGAGGUAUCCAUGCGAUUGAUAUCAUCUAUCAGAUGACCAGCCGCACGCCCAGCUUGAUCCAACAGUCUCAUCUGGAAAGGAGUGAAGCUUGGGCUGCCUACUGGUCUCCAAUCUUCCGAUCCUUGACGAUGCAAUGUACCAACCCUUGUCGGGAUAUCCGACAUCAAGCCGUUUCAACCCUUCAGCGUUCUCUCGUGUCUCUGGAAUUUGCUUCUGAAAAUGACGACAAAUGGACAUCGAUAUUCGAAGAGGUCCUAUUCCCUCUCAUAUUACGUCUGCUAAAACCUGAAGUAUACCAUUCGGACCCCAUAGGAAUGAGCGAGACUCGCGUUCAGGCUGCCACACUUGUGUGCAAAAUAUUCCUGCGAUAUCUGGACCAGCUAUCCAACUCUGGUGGUAUGCUCGAUCUAUGGCUGAAGAUAUUGGACAUCCUAGACCGGAUGAUGAAUAGUGGCCAAGGCGAGAGUCUGGAAGAAGCAAUUCCCGAAAGUAUCAAGAAUAUACUUCUAGUCAUGGCGGACAGCGGUCAUCUCAGUCCACCCCCUUCCACCGACGAAAACAAGCAGAAGAUUUGGACCGAGACCAAGAGACGCCUUGACCGUUUCCUACCCAAUCUCUUCAAUGAAUUAUUCCCGGUCUCUGAAUCUCGAAAGGAUGUGUCAACCGCGCCCAGCAAAGAGAAUGAAGAAAACGGUCAGACUUCCACACCAUCUAACGGCAGCGAGUCGAAUGAAAAACAGGAGCAGACAUCACCAUCACCAAGUCCAGCUGAUGUAGAUUGAACCUUGCUCAAUCAUGCCGCUUUUUCGGACCAGAAAGUUAUUACUCUCCUCCCUGAAUCAUAUUCAGGGCUAACGAAAUGUUUGUAAAUAAUGAAAAUCAUACGCAUUGGAUUGGGAUAUACUCAAAACAUCCAUUCUCCUUGAAGUUUCCAUCCUUUUUCUUCUUGUUCUUUUUCUUUACUAAUAUCCUGGACUCUCGUCACCUUAUCCCAUAUACACCCAUUGCAUCAUGUUUCUUGUACUAUGAGUUGUCUACUUUUUUUCUCGAUCAAAAUAUCAGCGUGUCCCUCUUUCCUUUCUUUUGCCAUUUCUGAAAGAGACAAAAAAUCGACAACUAUUAUGUAUUUCUACAAUCUGUCUCGAAUCAUUCUUUGUUACAUAAUGAUACUCACAAAUUAUCUACGAUACGUAAAUGGAAUUCUUUUUCGAU